AUGGUCAACUGGGGUUUUAGCGGCGACGUCGAUGAAAUCUUCCUUACCGACGAAAAUGUCUCCGACGCUUUCAAAACUUGUGUCCUCCAAGGCUUCUACGAUGCCGGUCCAGCCUUCACUGGGGGAACCGGCACCAGAAUCGGUUCGAUCUUCGUCAUCUUGAUCGUCUCAACUUUCGUCACCCUUUUACCAUUGCUUUGUAAACGUCAUGGUCUCAGAGUCCCUCUUUACUUUUAUCUAUUUGCCCGUUACUUUGGUGCCGGUGUUAUCGUCGCCACUGCGUUUGUUCAUCUUAUGGACCCUGCUUACGGGGAAAUCGGUCCAAACACCUGUGUCGGUGGUUGGGGUAACUGGGCAGUCUAUUCUUGGCCUCCAGCUUUGAUUCUUGUUUCUGUUUUCUCCAUCUUCUUGGUUGAACUUGUGUCUGAAGUUUACGUCGAAAGAAAGUACGGAUGUGUUGGUGCUGAACCAAACGUUGAAAAGCUCAUCACCGGCCAACCAGAAUCUUCCAACGUCCAUUCUCACACUCCAAACCACGUUCACGGUGAUAUUGAAACUGCCAACACCCAAGAAAAAGUCAAGGAAACUAAUUUCGAUUACGAAGAAGACUCUGUCCAAGAAACUGAAGUUAGUGAAAGUGGUUUCAAGAAACAAAUUGCCGCUUUCCUCAUGUUGGAAUUUGGUGUCAUCUUCCACUCCGUCAUUAUUGGUUUGAAUUUGGGUUCUACUGACUACGACGAAUUCAAGACUCUUUAUAUUGUCCUUGUUUUCCAUCAAUCUUUCGAAGGUUUGGGUAUCGGUGCUCGUUUGUCUGCCAUUGAAUGGCCAAAAGAAAAAUCAAUUUUCUUGGCUUAUGCCCUUUGUAUCGCCUAUGGUCUUGUCACUCCAAUUUCCGUUGCUAUUGGUUUGGGGGUUAGAAACAGUUAUGCUUCUGAUUCUUUCACCGCUUCUAUCGUCUCUGGUGUCCUUGAUUCUUUGUCUGCUGGUAUUUUGAUUUACACUGGUUUGGUUGAAUUGCUCGCUAGAGAUUUCAUUUUCAACGAUGAAGCUAAACAAGACCUUGUCAAAUUAUCUUUCAACAUUUUCUGUACUCUUUUGGGUGCUUUGCUUAUGGCUUUGAUUGGUAAAUGGGCCUGA